UCCUCCCGCUGUAUUGAGGUCAAAGUGGAAUGAUGCUGUUGUUCCUUUAAAUGCUCUCACCCAGCUGAUGAUCUACGUCACAGCAUAUGACCCGGUUUACAAUAUCAUUUUAUUUCUUUAUUGUUUUGGCCGCGGAUUUAGGAACAACACAGACCACACGCGUCGAGUCGUAGUGUAUAACUGUCCAAAACAGUCCUGAAUAAACAUGAGCUAGUUUCCACUGAGAGCUGAAUGCAGUGCGUGCGGAGGGUUGUGUUGACGCAGAGCGGUCACAUGAAUUUGAACUGAAGAUGGCGGACCACAGCUCAGGAACAUCGGAGCAGCACAGCAGUGAAGUUUCAGAAACUUUAGUGUCAUCUAAUGAAUUCCUCAAACCCCACAUGCAGGACAGCGAUAGACAUACAGCCAACAGUCCAGAGGAGUCGCUUUCUCCUGCCUCGGUGAUUUACUUUAAGGAGGCGCUAACUUAUAACUCAAGUAUACAGUUUACAAAGACGAGCUCUUCUCUUCCUGCCCCAGUGCGAUAUGAAUUCCAGAUUGAGAAGACUAACAAGAAAACAAGAAGCCUCUUGGGAGCUGUGCCCCUCUCCACCUUCUGCUCACAUGAUUCCCACAAUCCUCCUCAGCAUCACGGCAGCCAUCUUGGCCAACACCCUCCCAUUUGCAGUGCAUGCAGCCAAUCCGGUGAAAGCAAGCGUCUGUGCUGUGAGGGAGGGACUGAGAGAGAGAAAGAGACAUCUCUGAUUGUAGCUCCGCUGAGGCUCACACAGCAUCUCAAUCCCCUGGCUGUGCUGAGCCAGAGAGCACUGAAGCCUUUAUUCACACGGAGGAUUUUAGCUGUCGCUGCUCAUUCACAAGGCGAGGCCAUUGAGUCCCGGAAGAAUAGCAUCCUUUCGGCCGGGUUUGCCGUGGACUGCUUGUUUAUUUUUUCCCUUCCUUCUUUCUUUGUUUUCCUUGACUGUUUUUUCUUUCUCCUUUGUGCUGGAGAAGACUCUUGCUUGGACUGGAUCGUUAUUCCUAUUCCCUGCUCCUGACUCUUCACUGAGGGCCU